UUCAAUCUGUCAGACCAUCAUUACAAAGCAUUUUGCUAGUGCUCGGGAAAAUACAAAAAUCGUUUAAUUUCAGUUAAAUUCAUAAAUAAAUUUCAAAAAAUAAAAAUGGUUUUGGAAAGUACAAUGUUAUGCUUCGACAACAGUGAUUACCAACGAAAUGGCGAUUAUUUCCCCACGCGAUUGAACGCUCAGAAGGAUGGAGUGAAUUUGGUAUGUCUUUCGAAGGUACGCUCGAAUCCUGAAAACAAUGUAGGAUUGUUGACGCUUUCCAACACGACGGAAGUACUAGCUACGUUGACAAGCGAUGUAGGUCGAAUCCUAUCCAAGUUGCAUUUGGUCAAUCCUGGAGGAGACAUCAAUCUGCUGACGGGAUUGAGAAUCGCUCAUCUAGUUUUGAAGCAUCGUCAGGGAAAGAAUCACAAGAUGCGUAUUGUAGUUUUCGUAGGUUCUCCCGUUGGUAAUGACGAGGGUGAACUAGGAAAACUGGCUAAAAAAUUGAAAAAAGAGAAAGUUAAUGUAGAUAUCGUUAGCUUUGGAGAUCACCAGAAGAAUAAUGACGUUUUUACGUCUUUUAUUAAUGUACUGAAUGGAAAAGACGGAACUGGAUCGCAUUUGGUUUGCGUUCCGCGCGGUUCGGUUCUAUCCGAAGCUCUCAUUUCAUCGCCUAUCAUUCAGGGAGAAGACGGAACCGGUGGAGCAGGUUUAGGUGGAGCCGGUUUUGAGUUUGGUGUUGAUCCAAACGAGGAUCCAGAAUUGGCACUGGCUUUACGUGUUUCGAUGGAAGAGCAGCGCCAGCGCCAGGAGGAAGAACAGCGUCGUGUCCAAGUCAGUAGUGGAGCUGAAAUUACAGGUCAAGAGGGAACGUCAUCUGGAGGUCCAGUAUUGGUUAGUCAACCGAAUACAGAAGAAGCACUGCUGGAGCGAGCUCUUGCACUCUCCACCGACGAUGCGAUGCCGGACUUUGCAAACAUGACUGAAGAAGAGCAAAUUGCUUUUGCCAUGCAAAUGUCAAUGCAGGAUGCACAACAGGAUGCUCCCAUAUCACAGCCGGCCAAGCGCCAAAAGAAAGAAGAGACACCUAUGGAAGUAGAUGAGGACAUCAAUGAGGUCAUAGCAGAUCCCGAAUUUUUACAGAGUGUGCUGGAAAAUUUACCCGGGGUAGAUCCUCACUCUGAGGCUAUUCGUGAUGCCGUUGGCUCGCUGAAUAAGGACAAAAAACAGUCUGAUAAAGAAGCGGACGAUAAGAAAUAAGUUUGUCGGGUCCAAUAGGGAUGCUUUGGUAAUUUUCUAAAAUAUAUUUUCCGCUUCAAAGAAUUACAGCUGAAGAAUACAUGAAACAAUACAUAACAUGCUUAUAAAAGAUAGUUUAGUAUUCACACACUAUCACUGCCUGUGAUUAGUUUGAAAUGAGGUGUUGAAUAAAUUUCGGUAUCAGUAUGCGCUUUC